AUGGAUGAAAAUCUGGAAAAUGAUCACUCUAUGCAACUUUACCAUCAUGUUAUACAUCUCAAACAACGUAACGACAGUAUUUGUGACAAAUGUAAUGUCAAGGAAGAUUGGACCCACGUAUUCCAAACUUGUCCCAAAUGCAAUCCUGAAAAGGAUGAACUGUAUGCCACAUGGGACGCUAUCUCCCAGAAAUUUAGCCUUAACAAGAUUCGUUUCCCUCCUGAUAUCUCAGAAUCCUCUCAACUUAGGAUAGAAUUUGAUGGUCGUUGCUCCCGUAAUGACUGGCUUAACUGGUCUAAGCGCAAAAGAAUACCUAAGAAUGUGGCCCUAGAAGUCUACAAAGCACUAGCUAUUUAUUUGGAAAAUUGCUACAAGAACUCAGUGUGGUACAACCGUCCCAAUGCAGGCUUCACUAUUAACAGGAAAUACCUCUCUGCCUACCACAGGCAGGCUCAGUCUAACCAACCACUUAGCGUCAACCCAUAA